AUGAAGACUUCAUAUCCCGAUGGCUUUGAGGAAGCAGUUAUCGCUACUAUAUUGAAGCAGGCACUUCAAGGAUUAGAUUAUCUACAUAAAGCUGACGUUAAAGCUGGGAAUUUGCUUGUAGAUGAAGACGGAACUGUUUCGCUUGCUGAUUUUGGUGUGUCAUCCUCUCUUACAGAGAACGGCGAUCGAAGGGGAUUUCGGAGAACUUUUGUCGGCACAGUAUUGAUGAAACAUGCCGAUUAUGACUACAAAGCCGAUAUUUGGUCUUUUGGGAUAACUUCGAUCGAGUUGGCAACUGGAAAUGCCCCAUUUGCCAAAUACUCUCCAAUCAAACAAAAACCAAUAACUUAUACCAAGGGAGGAGAUACAUGGGAUUUUCAAGAGUUGGAUGAGAUAACAUCCAAUCAGGAAGUCAGAAGUGUUACGUUUAACGUGUCUUCUGAUGCCAGUGAACUUUCAACUUCAAAGGAGGACUCAAGUACAGCGACAAAUGUGGUACCAAAAAAAUCACGAUUUCUGCUUGUAGACCAGUCCACCAGCCCUGAGUCGGGUACACUGCUACCACCAUCUGUACCCAGCCCACCAUCCGAUUCAUCUGUUACUCAAUAUUCAUUUUAUCCUUCGUCUUCGAGCGGACUUCAACAACACUUGACUAAUGAAGAACAAGCAGUUAAAAAAGGAAGAUUCAGUGUAACAGAAAGGACUGCUUCAGGCGGUUCACAACCCGAACACGAAAGUCAACGCCAUUCUUUAGAAAAAGAGCAAUCCAACGAAAAUCUCACAGAUAAAAAGAGUCGAUUUGAAGUCCAGCAAACAACUACACAUUCUUUAGAUGUUCUUGCAGCUGUCACUGUGAAGAAUGAUUCCACAUUGAACAAGGAAGAUGGUGGAUAUGCGGAUACAAUUACUACCGAGAAACCUAUGAGCACUGAGAAAUCUACGAGCACGAAGAAAGGAAGAUUUCAAGUGCAAACAAAGAUUAAUAGUUCUACGUCAUCAUCAGGAAAUUCACAUACAUCCGAUAUGAUAUAUUCACCACAAUCCACUAUCACGGGUCACUCUCCUAGUAUAUCCCCAACUUCAUCCAUUUUACGUGGACAAAUGAACUAUAAUGCAAUGAAUGCACAAAUUACAUCGUUAUUACAACAGAACGAGAUACAGCACAAUUUAUUGAAAGACUUGCUUAACCUUUGUGGGGAUGUUAACAAUACGACUUCUUUAGAUAGUAGAUUACUUUCGCAACAACAAUAUCAAAGUCCAUUACAUUCGCCAUUUCAAAACGGCAAUUUUGAAUUUAAUAUAAGUUCGUCGAGAGAAAUGUCUGAAUAUUUGAAUUAUAUUGAUCGCCAAUUUCAACAUAUAUUGCGGGAGAAUGAAGAUCUACGGAAAGAAAAUGAAAAUUUGCGAAGGGAGGUAUAUAGUAAUUGUCCGGAGC